AAGCGCUCAAUCACGUGCACAGCGUAUUCUUAUCCCCCUCAAGGGUAGAAGGCAUCUGCCAGCAGUGAGCAACUUGGCAGUGAAUGGUCGCGCAGAUCUAUGCUGAGGCCACAUGGCUGCAUGGUACCAUCGUAGCUGCCAUAUUUUAUGGCGUGGUGGUCGUAAUGUCUUACAUGUGCUGGCGCUCUCUCUGGUCGCGCAUUCGUUUGCAUGCCACUGGCUACAGGAAAAACAUAUUCUUUUUCUGCUAUGUCACUCUCCUCUUUGUGUUGGGUACGAUGUAUAUGGCGCUCACCGCGGAGGAGGCGCAACUGUCCUUCAUCUACAAUCGUCAGUAUCCCGGAGGUCCUAGUGCAUUCGCGAGGAUACACUUCUCACCUCCACUUGGUGUUGCCCUCCUGCUUUCGAAUUGGUUAGCAGACCUAUUGAUGAUUUGGCGGUGUGUAGUAGUAUAUAGAGAUACCAGAUUACACCACGUUAUCUUGGGAAUUGGAAGCCUUAUGUUCAUCACGUCUCUCGUCACCGGAACUAUGUGGCUCGUCAUCAUGUCAAGCCCAACAAAAGCCACAAGCGGCUGGAUGUCCAUCCGCUUCCUCUUCCCAUACACCUGCGUCGCCCUCGCCAUCAACAUCAUCGUCAGUCUCCUCACCGUCUUGCGCCUGCUACAUCACCGCCGCCGACUCUCCAAAAUCCUCGGCCCAGGCCACGGCGCGAUCUACGCCAGUUUCGCAGCAAUAGUCAUUGAGUCCGCCUCCAUCUACUCAAUAUGCUCGCUCCUUUACCUCAUCCCGUUCGUCGUCCACAACCCGCUCUCAGAUGUAUUCCUGCAAAUACUGGGCGAGGCGCAGAUCAUUGCCUCACUCCUUAUUAUCUUUCGCGUCGCAGAAGGCAAGGCCUGGACAAAACGUUGCACCACCCUCGACAACUCAACCGUUGAGAGCUCCCUCCAAAUGCGGCGGAUGCCCCAGACCUUUCCUACGUCUGUUCCACCAGAUCAGCUGACUGUCGAGAUUAACUUCGACGAAGAAACCAACCCCGAUGUAUCCGUACAAUCGCCAAAGUCACGCCACUUUGCCAGUAAGGCUGAUGCCCCAGUCGACAGCGCGGUAUAAGACUCGCCGGGCUGUGCGUAUGAAUCAAAAACUUGGGAGAAAAGGCAGAAUGCACGAAUUUCUCGAGGACUGGAACAUCUGUCCCUGCCUGCCCUCCGUGUUUCUAGUCCUGGUUCAGCGGAUGGGCUCGCCGUGGUCCAUGCGUUUUCAUCAAUCAGUCUCGUUUUUGUGUGUUUUUUUUUGUGUUAUUGCAAUCCGCUCUGCCAGCACCGUAUCAUUGAAUGGACUUUUCCGUUUCACAUAUCGCAGACCCGAAAUGUUUCCGCGGAAUUAGCACGCUACUCGUACACAAUGUAUAUUGAAUACCUACAUUAUCUAGCGCUCUUAAUUGACCGCUUUCUUGUCAUAGGACACGCAUGCACACAUGGUAUCAUCGGUAUGUAGACCACACGAAGAGUGUUAGAAAUGAAUUUUGUCAA